CAGGUAGCGCAUGGCUGAUAGGUCGACUGACGUUUCGUGUAACACCAAUGAACAGUAAUAUAACAGGUUUGUGUUUCAUAAUAUGUAUCGAGAUUGCAUAUAUAAACAUACACAAUAGUUGCUAAUUAAAGAAUUGAUUUUUUAAUUGCAAAUAUCACAUGAAUCAUGGGUGGGUGCCGGUUGCAAAGAGAUAUAAUCUAGAUCAAUGGCCGAAGGUCGGUCGUACUUUCAAAGGCAAAAUUGGACCAAACCGGAUGAAAAAACAUUUAUUUCAUAUUGUCGUACAGUUGUAUACCAACACGUCUUGCAGUUCACUUGAACAAUAUGAAGAAUAUGGUCAAACGUGAAGUUAUCUUUAAUUUGCUCGUUGUGCUAUGUCUUUUCAAGGCACAGUGUUGUGAAGAAUGGUACUGGAAAGACUAUAACAGAGAAAUCCCGACUGAUGCCAUUGUAGCAGGGACUUACAAAGGUCAACAUCGUUAUAUAGGGCAAGCUUACUUACAUCAUUAUGGUAUAAUGGUUACUACAAUUAUACCAGGUCAAAAUCACAGUAUAGUAGCAUGUUAUGGUGUUAAGAAGGUGAAUAAAAUGAUUAAGAUCCUUUGUUCUCGUAACCACCAUAAUUUCCACUGGAUAGAAACAACACCAAACACUUACCUAAACGACACCAUGCAUCUAACGACAGUCAUCGGGGGGUACAACGAAAGAGCUAGGAGUGACUGGAACAAGAAUGGAGUUUCCCUAGAGUUGGCACCUUUGAUCAUAGGCCGGACUACGAGACAUGUUCAUCCGAUCAUUGGUGCUGUGACUGUGUAUAGGCAGAAAUAUGUUGGAAAGACUGACUUUUAUUAUCCCGAUCCUGUGAACAAUACUGUUUUGUCUGCGGCUAGUUUUGAGGUGCUUGUUUAUAAAUAAAAGUUGAAAUACAUGCUGUGAGACUUAAAAUGCUUUUGGCUUUGCCGCAAAAUAAUCGUGAAUUCAUAAAAAACGAAUAUAAUAUUUUAUUGAAAAAUCUGAAUUCAAAAAAUAUUUUUACAGGAACACAAAACGCAUAUAUUAGCAAUAAAUAAAUACAUUAAACAAUGAGAAAAAAAUAAGACUGAGAUGUUAUGUUUUUUGGAAGUUAGAUAGUACGCAAAUCAGGAAAAACCAUGCCACUCACUUCCAUCUGACCACCUUCUUGUUUGUCUGUCGCACGUCCUCAACCUCUGCAACUUGGAUAGUACCGCACGAAUUUUGGUGAAAUUUCGAAAUAAGGUUACUACUAUGCCAAGGACGGAAGAAUGGCUUUUGAGAAUUGAUUCGAUUUCGCAGAUAUUACGGGCAAGUAAAUUAAAAUCAUUGUUACCUCGCUCUUUGGUGCUUAAAGACUCCGGUUUAUG